AUGCACUACCAACAACCACGACUCAGCAAAUGCAACGAAGCCAGGCAAAUAGCCGCUGUCAGCCAACUGAUCCCCGAAGUCGAUGAUCACCCCUGGGAGGACCUCACGCAACGUUACGCAGCCCACUGCGCCCAGUUCACUUGGCGCUGCCUCAGAGCCUCCCCGAACUACCGCAAAAAGCCCGCAUUUGCAGCGCCCGAGGUAGACCUGGAAGCUUUCAUUGAUGACCUCCUCUAUGAAUCAGGGGCCCCCCUCUCAGCGGCCGUCACUGCGCUCAUGAUCAUAUCCUGGAUCACCGACACGGGCGCAUGCCGCCUCGCCUCGUCUUCCCCCCACCACCUCUUCCUCGCGGUCUACGAAGUGCUCCUGCGCACCAUCUACGCGCCAAACGAACCCCACGACGACGGGGGGCAGGCGGCGGCUGUCCUGAUGCGCUGGGAGGUCGAAGCUGCGCUGGAGACGCUGAGCGAGAGGCAAGUACAGUUCGUCCUUGCACUCAUCGACGAGGACACGGUCAUCGAGGAGGAGAUGAGGACGCUCGUCACCGAGCCGUAUACGUAUGAGUGCAUCCAUUGUCAGGAGAAGGCCCGGGCGGAAUCCAUUGGACGCAUUAAAACUGCGUACUUCAUCAGCCAGAACGUUCUUUACUGCGACUUCUAG